AUGACACAAAACGUUAUUGAAAUCAAAAAACUAAAAAAGGUCUAUCGAGGCAAGACAGUAUUGCGAAAUAUUAGUUUUACCGUCCAAAAAGGUAGUAUUCAUGGAUUUAUUGGUCCCAAUGGAGCAGGCAAAACAACUACUUUAAAUUGUUUAAUGAGCGGGGUAAAACCAAAUGGUGGUGAAAUCUAUUUAGAAAGUAGAAAAAUUGGUGAGGAUGAAUUAGUUAACCAAAAAAUCGGUUUCAUGACCGAACAGGCCAAGUUUACCGAGGACCUAAAAGUAGAGGAUUUUAUUCAUUUAGCCGGUCAGUUGCGGAACAUUCCCGCUCAAAAAGUAGAAAAUCGCUUGCGACAAUCCGACUUAAAUAAUCACCGCUUUAAAAAAUGUGAUAUUUUGGUGCUGGAUGAACCAACUUCCGGUCUGGACCCUUCUUAUCGUGGCAUUUUACUAAAACAAUUAGAACAAGUGCGAAAAAGAGGUGGCACAGUGUUAAUUUCCAGCCACAUUUUAUCAGAUUUACAAAAAUUAGUGGACUCAACUACUUUAAUCGAUAAAG